AUGAAACGAGCUCUACAAGCCACUUUGGAUCAUGUUGAUGACACCGUCGAAAGUGUGCGACGGCAACCCCCAAGGAGCAGGCCCUCACUUAGGAGGGAAAAAUCUCUCCAUGAAAAGCUGUAUGACAUUUACCUUGAGGAAUGUGAAAAAGAGCCUGUAGUGCCAGGACUUAAAAGCAAUGUUAGCCUGCUGGAGAAGCUGGUUAGAAGAGAGUCGUUGCCAUGCUUAGUGGUCAACCUCUACCCAGAAGAGGAGGGCUAUUCUCUGAUGCUCAAGGACAAAACCGGCUCCCUGUCAGAGGCCUUUCACGUGACUUGUGUAAAAGAGAGGCUGCUUGAAUUCUUGGAUGCAAAAGAAUUACCUCCGGUUCUGAUUGAUGUUCUCGAAAAGUCUCCCGUGAAUGUUUUCCAACAAGGUUGUGUCAUAGCAGAAGUCCGUGACUACAGGCUGUCCAGUAGCACCGAACCUGCUGGAUACCAGAGUCAGUAUACUCUCUUGCGUCCAACGAUGCAGACUCUAGCAUAUGAUGUGGCGACCAUGACAAGCGGUAACUCUGAGUGCACUCAGGAAGAAAAACUUGAGCUUGAGAGCCAACUGAUCUUAGCUACUGCAGAACCACUGUGUCUGGAUCCUAGUGCUUCUGUCACCCUCAUGUCCAACGGGCUGCUGUGUAAUGAACAGAAGAUGAAAACUGACUCCAUGAGACAGUCCUCCAAGAGGCAUGCGUGGUCCUCUCUGGAUGUGGAGAAACCGUCCACAGGUACACCUCCACCAGACACAACAGCAGUGAUUGUUUGCAAAAGAGAAACAGAAAGUGAAAUAGAUCACCGACAUGACCUGUCAAUUCCUGAAGCAGGAAUGUGUGUAGACAAGUGGAAGCAGCAAUCUUGUGCAUUUGCUGUCCCUUCUGAGGUGGACUUGCAGAAAUAUGCUGAAGGACAGCCUUCCAUGUCCUGUGAUGACUCUAAGCCAGCAGCUGGUCAGCUCUGGCCAGCUCCUGAGGAGAAACAUGGUUGUAUAAUUAAAUGUGAAGAUGGAAGUCACCUUUGGGUACCAAUGCCAGGUUCAGAUGGUUCCAUGGCUGUCAUAAAGACUGAGGUUGAGGAGGCAGUUGAUAUGUUCCAGGAGCCUGUCCAGAGCAAAGCUGUGUAUCCAUGCCCUAUGCCACAGGAGUCAAGUAGCCUAUCCAGUCUUGGUCUGCCCACCUCAGCAAUGAUGGCCAAAUCCAGUGUGGGGCCGCCCUCAGUCUCAGAGGAGAAAGAAAAAAUCCAUGCUCCACAAGUCACCCUUCUUUCUCGCAUAAGACAGGGCUCCUCGGGUAUCAAGCAUCGCACACUACAGGUCAGUAGACCAAGGAAGCUCCCUCGACUUGCUCCUGCUCCUCCUAAGUCAGCCAGUCAGAUUCGUAAUGCUUUUGGUAUGGUGGGCACCCUUCUUCUGGCUGCCCAGCCCUCUAUUAGCUCAGACCCUUCAAGCACCACAGGCAUGAAUGUUUUAAAUUUGUUGGGCUUACCUCCUGGAGUGCCAGUUUUGCAAGCCACCUUGCAAAGCACAGUUGCCCAAAGCUCAGUCUAA